CGGCGCGACGGAACACUCGGAUGACCUGCGGCUGCGCCGCCGGAGGGCCCCGCGUUGGCUCGGAAAGAACGGCGUGUGCGGCACCGGCCACUCCCUCUCCCGCCUGGCCAGUGGCUACAGGCCGCUGGUCCUUGAGACCGCUCCAGAGCAGGUCACAACUGGGCCAGUGACUGGCCUUGGGCCUCCACGUGUUACAGUGGCGCUCAGGAGGAAUGGCAGUUGUGGGCAGGAUGAUUGGCCUGCUGCGGCAGCAUGUGGUGAUGGGGGAUGCCUCCGUGGGCCGCUGUUUGCACAUGUCCUCCCAUCGGGCUGAUAGCAGCAGAGCCUCGCUCACUCGUGUGCACAGACAGGCCUAUGCACGCCUCUACCCCAUGCUCCUGGUCAAGCAGGAUGGCUCCACCAUCCACAUCCGAUACCGGGAGCCCAGACGAAUGCUGGCGAUGCCUGUGGACCUGGAUGCCCUAUCCCAGGAGGAGAGGCGGGCACGGUUCCGCAAACGUGAGAUCCAGCUCCAAGGGAAGGAGGAGCCAGAGCUCCUUGACAGCUUUGACCUGGAGCAGUACAAGCAGUUUUGGACCAAGAAGUGACCAUGCCCACAAGCUGCCCUGGUUCAGGAUGCUGUAGAAGGGGAGGGGCAUUCAUGUUUAAAUUCAGUAUCAGGAUUUUAAAUCCA